AUGCUUCAUAAAAGCAUUGAAUCAUUCCCAAAUUGUUGUUUUCUUUUCUCUCCCGAUUUCGAUGCUUCUUCUUGCUGGUUGUGUUGCAAUGUGCCUCCUAAAUUCGGUCAACCUGAGGAUCAGGUGAAGGUACGUUCAUUUGUUGAGAUGGUGGGAUAGCUUGCGGUUCAAGAAACGGAUUUGCAAUGGCAUUCUGGUUGUAGUCUCCAACCGCCAAAUUUGCAUGGCCAAAUGGGAAGUAAAGCGAGUAUGGUAAUGAUGGGAAAGGGACUUCAAAUGUUCCGGAUCUGGCCCAGAAGCUGUCUGCUACUAUGUUGUUAUAGUUGGUCUCUAAAACUUCCGGAUCAAAAUAUAGUUUAUGU